AAAGCCACAAAAUAAUGAUGAGAAACUGAAAGCUAGCAGUGUAGAGAGAGUAAAUUGAAGUAAGGCUUUGGUUCUCUUCUUCUCUUGGCCUUGUUUCACCCUCACAAACACAAGAAUGCAAACUUCUCUCAAGCUAUCAUCUUUGGCUAUUUCUACAUGUUAUGUUCUUCUUCUACCCUUAGUUGGCUGUUCAUAUCAUGAAGAGGGCAACCAACCCAACAAUAAGAGCACAGAAGAACACUCUCACAAGUUGAGUCCUCAGAUGACAUCCAAUGUCACAGUUCAUGGGCUCCUCUCAUGGUUUUCGAUGGGGUUCUUAAUGCCUGUUGGAAUUCUUAUCAUCAGAAUGUCCGUUAGAGAAGAACGUGGGACGACAAGGGCCAGAGUUCUCUUCUAUCUCCAUGUUAUUUUACAGAUGCUCUCAGUGCUUCUUGCCACAGCUGGAGCUGUCAUGUCCCUCAGAAACUUUGAGAACUCAUUCAACAACAACCACCAAAGAUUAGGUCUAGCACUUUAUGGUGCCAUCUGGGUGCAAGCCUUGAUAGGAUUUUUCAGGCCUCACAGGGGAAAGAAAGAGAGAAGUUUUUGGUACAUGGUGCAUUGGAUGCUUGGAACCCUAAUAUCAUUGGUUGGGAUCAUCAACAUAUACACUGGUUUAAAUGCCUACCAUAAGAGAACACAGAGAAGCUCAGGGCUUUGGACUCUCCUUUUCACAGCUGAAGUGUCUUUCAUUGCUAUCUAUUAUCUAAUCCAAGACAAAAGAGAGUACAUACAAAAGCAAGCAGUGAUUUUAGGCAAUCUUGAACCAAUCACUCAAGAUCAAGAAAAUGUUCAAAGGCAAAACCAAAAGGAUCUGCUGCCUCAGCAGCCAUGUGGCAAACACAAUGCACUCAAGAACUUGUUUGACUAACAUGGGCUUCUUUUUUCUCUCUUUUAAAAAAAAAAUCACCCUUUAGUCUGUCUGUCUGUCUGUCCAUCUUUC